AUGGAAGAAUUAAAACAACAACUGGUCUCACGGACUUCAGUCUUCACCAACAAAAUUGGCAAUGCAAACUUCAAAACACCCUCUUUGCGUACCUGGGCAGUGCUAAUAUCGUCUGGCAUCACGCUCUCAUCCACUGUCGCGCUCUACACACUCCACAGAUACCUCGGCAAGCGCCUUGAGCAUGAGCAAAACGUGGGCGACGUUUCCCCCUUUCUCCCCUUCAAAAUCACAUCAGUUCCCCCCGUGUGGGAUAACUGGCAUUACCUUCUUAAUUGCGCCACAUGCCGCGUACAUCGAAAAGACCUCCCACCGCGAGAUCUCCCGGGUUUGUUCGAGUUGAUGGUGCGUCAGAAUAUGAUGGAGUUUCGGCGUCUUCCCUAUGGAUACUUCGUAUAUUGGAUUGCGCCACGAUCGGUAAAGCCAACAUUUGCUGAUUCGCAUAUCCUGGCUUUGGACUUCGUCGAGCGGGAUGCGUUAAAUGGGAUAUUCGUAGUCUGCCAACGAGAGGCCGAUAAACUGGUCUGCCUGGUUAAUGGUAGACAUCCGAUUGAGACCAGAUUGAUAAUGCACUACUGGGAGGAAGGCGACGAUGUGAUUUUCUGCAGAGAGACGCUUAUGUGGAGACUGAAAGCCAGAGAAAACGAGAAACAGCGAAAGCUUCCGCUUGAAAAUCCGGUUCUGAGAUUCAUGCAUGAGUUGACGGCUUGGUGGUUGUUGGAUUCUGGCGUUCGCUACCUGAAAGAAAUGAAGCCCGAUCGGGAGAAGAAACACCGGGGUUUUCAUGUACUGCGCCCUUUGUUCUCUCUCUUUAGGUGGACGAGGCCUGGAGGCUAG